UGCUCCAUCAGUCCUUCCACCUCCACUCCUCCUCCCACUUCCAUCAAAGUGAGCUAGCUAGCAACCCUGUCCGAGCCACCCGGCCGAGCGUGUUCAGGAGGCGAUGGCGGGGAGGCAGCCGGACCAUGAAGACCAACAGCGGUUGGCGGGCAACAAGCGGGGCGCCCUAAUAGUAGCGAUGAGGGAGACGGCAGCGAUGAGUCCCAUGGAUGGCCUAGCAUAUCUUGAUGGCCUACUCAACGCCUUGGCCACCGCCGACGAAGGCAAGGCCGAGGCCACUCUGGGCUACAAGGAGGCAUUUGAGGUGCAGAAGAGGCUACUGGAGUGUCAGGACGAGGCGAGGGCCCUGCAGGAGAAGGCGGAGGACUGCCUGGUUAGGAUGAAGCUCGCAGCCAAGACGGCGGAGGAGGCAUGGAACGAGGGGAAACAUCUGGAAGGCUUCGAGGCCGCCUACCUCGCCAUGAAGGUGGCACGGGAGAAGGAGGGGCUUCUGAAAGAGCGUGAGAUCCUCACCAAGAAGCUUGAGCUUGCCCGGUUGGACAGAGAGUUGGUUCUCGGCAUGAAUGUGCGGUAACUCUGCUGUUGGCCUGUGUGCCUGGGUAAUUUGUGCGCCAUAUGUCUAUUGAUAGGCUUUUCUGGUUGAUGAUAAUGCCUCGGACUUGCUCUUUCUAUUUCCCUUUUCAUGUAUCUCUUGCUGUCUGAAUAUUGUAUUUUCGUAAUCCAACUAAUGAAAAGAGGGAAGCCCGGUGCCAAAGAAAAA